AGAUGCAGCUUCUGUUUUUUUUCACUUUAUUCCACAAGCACUCUCGCUCGUUAACGGUGGGACAAAACCCCUGCAUUUAAUGUCUGCUUCUCCUGGGUCUGCACAUUUUGUUGCUCUGUCAUUCCCAUUUGUGAAAUGAGAAGUAAUUAUCACAUUAAAUUUAUCUGAGUGACUGGGAAAGAUCCAUUAACUUUCUGCAUAAAAAGACACUUCUUGCAAGGCUCAUUUUCCUGGUAGGAAAUAUGUUGGAAAGGGUUGGGAGAAAUGAGCUGCUGUCUGUAACUUGGUCUGAUGCUUUUGUGCACUCCCUUAAUUUUCCAAGUUUUAUCCCCUAAUCUAUGCUCUUAAAAAUUCUUUAUUCUGCUAGUCUUUAUUUUAUUUUUUAUUAAAACAUAUAAAUAUUGUAAUGGUAAAACAUUUAUACUUUUCUGUCUACAUGUAUGUUUAUUUUGCUCAAAUGACAUUGGGAAGCAAGUAAGAUGGUUCAUGUUAUCUGCAUGCAGUUUCAUUCCUAGGAAGUACAUCUUUCCACUGGGAUAUGGACAUGGAAUCCUCUCUUGCUCAUUAGCAACAUCAGGAUUGACAUUUUUAUGUGAACUUCCCUUGGUUCUAAAAAUCAUCACAUUUUGCGACAAAUGAAGUGGAGAAGCAGACUCUGAGGGCUUUGCAGUCCAGGCACCUUGGAGGAGGAAUAUCUGGCACCAAAUUUGUGUAGAUCAGUGGGUGUUUACUGAGACUGGACUAUUUUUCAGAAGACAGGACUUUUGUCAAUAUUUGGUGAUUCUAAGGAGACAAAGAACUUGAAGGGCUGCUGGCUCAUCAUGUCCUCCAUUCUUGGGAAGAUGAAGAAGUUUGGCAGUUUUGACAUGGAGGAGUCUGAAGUGACGGAUGAACACACGGAUGGGGAGGACUCUGUCCAGGAAACCUCUGACAACCCCCAGGGCCCACUCAGCUCCAGGGUGCAGCCACCCAAAAGCAACAUUUUUGCAAGACGGGGCCGCUUUGUGAUGGGGGACAGUGACAAGGACAUGGCUCCCAUGGAUUCCUUCUGCCAGAUGGAUCACCUGACAGCUCCGUCUGUCAUCAAAUUCCAUGUGAAUUUGGAGCGAGGCAAGCUUCACAAGCUCCUAUCUACAGAUUCCAUCACAGGCUGCUCAGAAAAAGCUUUCAGAUUUUACGACCGCAGAAGGAUCUUUGAUGCUGUAGCCCAAGGCAACACAAAGGACCUCAGUGACCUACUUCUCUACCUUAAUAGAACCUUCAAGCAUCUCACAGAUGAGGAGUUCAAAGAGCCUGAAACUGGCAAAACCUGUUUACUGAAAGCCAUGCUGAAUCUGCAUGAUGGGAAAAAUGAUACCAUUCCCUUGCUGCUGGAUAUUGCAAGGAAAACUGGAACUCUGAAAGAGUUUGUCAAUGCAGAAUAUACUGACAACUACUACAAGGGCCAGACUGCUCUUCACAUUGCCAUCGAGAGGAGGAACAUGUACCUGGUGAAGCUCCUGGUCCAGAAUGGAGCAGAUGUUCAUGCCAGAGCCUGUGGGGAGUUCUUCAGGAAAAUCAAAGGGAAAUCUGGCUUUUAUUUUGGAGAGCUGCCUUUGUCCCUGGCUGCCUGCACCAACCAGCUCUGCAUUGUGAAAUUCCUCCUGGAGAAUCCCUACCAGGCAGCCAACAUCACUGCUGAAGAUUCCAUGGGCAACAUGGUCCUGCACACACUGGUGGAGAUUGCAGAUAACACCAAGGAUAACACCAAGUUUGUAACCAAGAUGUAUAAUAACAUCUUGAUCCUUGGUGCCAAAAUUAAUCCCAUCCUCAAGCUGGAAGAACUCACCAACAAGAAAGGGCUGACUCCUUUAACUCUGGCAGCCAAAACAGGGAAGAUAGGGAUUUUCGCUUACAUCCUCAGACGGGAGAUCAAAGACCCUGAGUGCAGACACUUGUCCAGGAAGUUCACUGAAUGGGCCUAUGGACCUGUCCACUCCUCUCUUUAUGACCUGUCCUGUAUAGACACCUGUGAGAAAAACUCAGUGCUUGAGAUCCUUGCCUACAGCAGUGAGACACCAAACCGCCACGAGAUGCUGCUGGUGGAACCCCUUAACAGGCUGCUGCAAGACAAGUGGGACCGCUUUGUCAAGCACUUGUUUUACUUCAACUUCUUUGUCUACACCAUGCACAUCACCAUCCUCACUGCAGCUGCUUACUACAGACCUGUACAGAAGAAUGAAAAGCCUCCCUUCACCUUUGGUUACAGCACUGGGGAAUAUUUUCGAGUAACUGGAGAGAUCCUGAGUGUACUGGGAGGUCUUUAUUUUUUUUUCAGAGGGAUCCAGUAUUUCGUGCAGAGGCGCCCAUCACUCAGGACACUAAUAGUGGAUGGCUACAGUGAGGUUCUUUUCUUUGUCCACUCCCUGCUCCUGCUGAGCUCUGUGGUGCUGUACUUCUGUGGCCAGGAGCUCUACGUGGCUUCCAUGGUGUUCUCCUUGGCCCUGGGCUGGACCAACAUGCUCUACUACACCCGGGGCUUCCAGCAGAUGGGAAUUUACUCCGUCAUGAUCGCCAAGAUGAUCCUUAGAGAUUUGUGUCGCUUCAUGUUUGUCUAUCUCGUAUUCCUCUUGGGAUUUUCUACAGCUGUGGUGACUUUGAUUGAAGAUGACAACGAGGGGCAGGACACAAAUAUCUCUGACUAUGGCAGGUGCUGCCACGUGAAACGAGGCCGCACCUCCUACAACAGCCUCUACUACACCUGCCUGGAGCUCUUCAAGUUCACCAUUGGCAUGGGGGACCUGGAGUUCACAGAGAAUUACAGGUUCAAGUCUGUGUUUGUCAUCCUGCUGGUGCUCUAUGUCAUCCUCACCUACAUCCUCCUGCUCAACAUGCUCAUUGCACUGAUGGGGGAGACUGUCAACAAAAUUGCACAGGAGAGCAAGAGCAUCUGGAAACUCCAGAGAGCCAUCACAAUCCUGGACAUUGAGAACAGCUACUUGAACUGUCUGAGGCACUCGUUCCGCUCUGGGAAGCAAGUCCUGGUGGGGAUCACACCUGAUGGCCAAGAUGAUUACAGGUGGUGCUUCAGGGUUGACGAAGUGAACUGGUCCACGUGGAACACUAAUCUGGGCAUCAUCAACGAAGACCCUGGGUACUCUGGGGACCUCAGACGAAAUCUGAGUUUCUCCAUUAAGCCUGGCAGAGUUUCAGGAAAGAACUGGAAAACAUUGGUUCCACUUCUAAAAGAUGGAGAGAAGAGGAGAGAAGAACCUCACAAGCCACCAGAAGAAGUCAAAUUACAACCUGUUUUGGAACCUUAUUUUGAGCCAGAAGAUUCUGAGGAAUUGAAAGAGUCAAUUCCAAAGUCAGCCUAAUUUUGAUUGCCUGUGCUGGUCCUCAAGCAGGACAAUAGAGCACUUCAUUUACAGGAACAGGGACUUCUGGGAAAAGGUCAGAGGACUUAGGGAAUUACCAUGUGCAUGGAUUUAUUUAUUACACUAGUGUGCUACAUAAAGUAUUUGUUGUUUAAGCUCAUGUCUUCAUGAUUAUUUUUUAAUGCAACCUUCUGUCUGUUUUUAGAGUCUCUUGUAUUAAAAAAUGAUUUUUGUGAGCAUGCACAGGCCCUGAUUUUGUGGCUUUGCUGCCUCAAAACCCAACCAACCAAAUUAUUAUGACACUUGAAAAGCACUCAUAAAAGAGCAGUAAAAGUCACCAAGGGCCCAGAUAGAUGUUCCUGUGGGGAAGGUUUCUUGGAAAGCAGAUAAAUAAAUGGGGACAUGGAAAGAAUUAAAAAAUCAUUUUCUCAUAACACAAGAACAAAUACACUCUGAAAUUUUAAAGGUUGAAUAGUCAAAAUCAAUGAAAUAAAUGUUUCUUUUACACUG